AUCAAGGUUCUAUCCUGCCAGGUGUGAGCUUCUUCUGACAAAAUGCCGCAAACAGUGAUCAUUGCCAUUGCCAGCUUCAUCAGAUCCUACUAUGACCUGGCCGCUGCUCCUUUCCUUGCUGUUGUUCUUCUCAUUUUAGAGAAACUCAUGGAAACAGAAUUUGCUUGCCCCAGUGACAGGGUAAUUGGAGUAAUCUACAGUUUGACGUUUAUCGUCAGCACCACGGCCAUCAUCAGCCUGUUCGUAUGUUCCUGCUGGUGCAAGUGGUGCGGGACCCGACAUGAAAAUGGAGACCUAGAAGAAGGCCCCUGUUCCUACCAGGAGUGUAAGGACAACGAAUGCUGCGGCUGCUGCUGCUGCGGCGGCUGCUGGUUUAGGUCCUGCUAUAAGUUUUUCAUGAGCUUCAGGGCGCCCGUUUUCUGGCUGCUUAUCUUGGUCACAGAUGGAAGAUACUUUAAGUGUUUAGUCAGAUCUAUCCAUGGGUCCAAUGUGAACACGACAAAAGAAGUGAACGCGACAAAAGAAGUGGACGCGACAAAAGAAGUGGACGGUUAUAUCCAACAAAUCAUUCAGGUGAUCGGCCUUGGACUGAUCCUGAUAUUUGUUAUCUGUCUCAUUUGCAAGUGUGCAGAAAAACAUAAGCGUUAUGAGAAAAUACACAAAAAAGCCGUUCGCCAUUACACCAAAGAGGCGUUAAAAGAAAUAAAAAAGCUGAAACUUGAGGCCUUUGUGAACCAGUCUAUAAAUGGAAUCCAGUGGAAUGCAGAAUUACUGAACUCUGAGGAGACAUGGAGGCAAAUCACUAUGGUCUGCGAGGAGCAAGUAGACGGGAGACUGAGGACUGCGCCAAGACAAGAAGGCACGCAGGAAGGCACGCAGGCAGGCACACAGGCAGGCACACAGGCAGGCACACAGGCAGGCACGCAGGAAGGCACGCAGGGCAUAAAUUUAAGUGAUUUAAGUCGCGCAUCCCCACAACAGGAAGGCACGCAGGAAGGCACGCAGGAAGGCACGCAGGGCAUAAAUUUAAGUGAUUUAAGUCGCGCAUCCCCACAACAGGAAGGCACGCAGGAAGGCACGCAGGAAGGCACGCAGGAAGGCACGCAGGGCAUAAAUUUAAGUGAUUUAAGUCGCGCAUCCCCACAACAGGAAGGCACGCAGGAAGGCACGCAGGAAGGCACGCAGGGCAUAAAUUUAAGUGAUUUAAGUCGCGCAUCCCCACAACAACCAGAACAACAGUGA